UACAAUUGAAUGUUUCCGGGUUACUAGCUUCCUGGUGUAAACGGCUAUACAUUAUUCUUCAGAUAAAAGCCUUUAUAUUGUAUCACGAUGCAAGUGUGCAGCGUGUGUAGUGAACAGACGCCAAAAUACAGAUGUCCAUGCUGCAAAAUAAGAUAUUGUUCGGUUUCCUGUUACAAGAGACAUAAAGACUCUUGUCUUCCCCUGAAGCAGCCUGAACCCUCCGUUCCUGAAGGAAAGGAUGCUAGCGGGACUGACACGCGGAGUGUGGAGGAUCUCCUGCAGGAAGACGACAUCCCUGAUAUAGUACCCCCAGAGAGGUUGCAGCUGUUGGGUCAGUCAGAAGAGCUGAAGGAUCUGCUUCGCAACCCCCACCUAAGACAGCUAUUACGGGCCGUUGACAGUGCAGACAGCAAAGAGGAGGCAAUGAAGGCGGCCAUGCAGGAGCCCCUAUUUGUGGAGUUUUCAGAUCAAUGUUUGAAGGUUGUAGAAAACAAAGCUCAGUCACAGGCGGUCAGUGAGGACAUGGACGGGUAAAUGUAUCAGAUUUUUUUUUUUGUAUAUGUAUUGUACUUUUUUUUUUUUUUUUUUUUACAAAGCAGCCAAUUAAAU